AGCAGCGCGGGCGGCGGCGGCCACCCCGGCCGGGCGGCGAGGAGCGGCGGCGGCAGGCGGCGGAGGACGGGAGGCAGCCGGCGCGCCGCGGCGCCCGACCGGGAGUAUCUGCAGCGGCCGAGCUACUGCGAUGCGGCGUUCGCCCUGGAGCAGAUCGCAAAGGGGAGAGCGACCGGGAGGAAGGCGCCGCUGUGGCUGCGAGCAAAGUUUCAGAGACUGCUCUUUAAACUGGGCUGCUACAUUCAAAAGAACUGCGGCAAGUUUCUGGUGGUCGGCCUCCUCAUUUUCGGGGCGUUCGCUGUCGGAUUACGGGCCGCCAACCUCGAGACCAACGUGGAGGAGCUGUGGGUGGAAGUUGGUGGACGAGUGAGCCGGGAGCUAAAUUACACACGGCAGAAGAUUGGAGAAGAGGCCAUGUUUAACCCCCAGCUCAUGAUUCAGACUCCACAUGAAGAUGGUGCUAAUGUACUAACAACAGAAGCGCUCCGACAGCACCUUGACUCUGCGCUUCAGGCCAGCAGAGUACAUGUCUAUAUGUACAACAGACAAUGGAAAUUGGAACAUUUAUGUUAUAAAUCAGGAGAACUCAUCACAGAAGCAGGUUACAUGGACCAGAUCAUAGAAUAUCUUUAUCCUUGCUUAAUUAUCACUCCUUUGGACUGCUUCUGGGAGGGAGCAAAGCUACAGUCAGGAACUGCCUAUCUAUUAGGAAAGCCUCCUUUGCAGUGGAUCAACUUUGACCCCUUAGAAUUCUUGGAAGAGUUAAAGAAAAUAAACUACCAAGUGGAGAGCUGGGAAGAAAUGCUGAAUAAAGCAGAGGUUGGUCAUGGUUAUAUGGAUCGACCUUGCCUGAAUCCUGCUGAUCCUGAUUGCCCAAUCACAGCUCCCAAUAAAAAUUCCACCAAACCUCUUGAUGUAGCCCUUGUUUUGAGUGGUGGAUGCUAUGGACUGUCAAGAAAAUACAUGCAUUGGCAGGAAGAGUUGAUUAUUGGUGGUACAGUCAAGAACAGUUCUGGUAAACUUGUCAGUGCCCAGGCUUUGCAAACCAUGUUUCAGUUAAUGACUCCUAAGCAAAUGUAUGAACACUUCAAGGGGUAUGAAUAUGUUUCACAUAUCAACUGGAAUGAGGAUAAGGCAGCAGCAAUUCUGGAAGCCUGGCAGAGGAUGUAUGUUGAGGUUGUUCAUCAAAGUGUUGCACAAAACUCUACUCAGAAGGUGCUUUCUUUUACUACAACCACCCUGGAUGACAUCCUGAAGUCAUUUUCUGAUGUCAGCGUCAUCAGAGUAGCUAGUGGCUACUUACUAAUGCUUGCCUACGCCUGUUUAACAAUGUUGCGGUGGGAUUGUGCCAAGUCUCAGGGUGCUGUGGGGCUGGCAGGAGUCUUGCUGGUUGCUCUCUCAGUGGCUGCAGGAUUAGGCCUGUGCUCAUUGAUUGGAAUUUCCUUUAAUGCUGCCACAACUCAGGUUUUGCCUUUUCUUGCUCUUGGAGUUGGUGUAGAUGAUGUUUUCCUUCUGGCACAUGCGUUCAGUGAAACAGGGCAGAAUAAGAGAAUUCCAUUUGAGGACAGAACAGGUGAAUGUUUGAAGCGAACAGGAGCAAGUGUAGCCCUUACAUCUAUCAGCAAUGUUACUGCUUUCUUUAUGGCUGCCUUAAUCCCUAUUCCUGCUUUACGAGCAUUUUCACUCCAAGCAGCAGUUGUGGUGGUAUUCAACUUUGCUAUGGUUCUGCUGAUAUUUCCUGCUAUCCUGAGCAUGGACCUUUAUCGUCGAGAAGACAGGAGGCUGGAUAUAUUCUGCUGUUUCACAAGUCCGUGUGUCACUAGAGUGAUUCAGAUUGAGCCUCAAGCAUAUGCGGAAAAUGACAAUACUUGCUACAGUCCUCCACCCCCGUACAGCAGUCACAGUUUUGCACAUGAAACCCAGAUUACAAUGCAGUCUACAGUGCAGUUGCGCACAGAAUAUGAUCCCCAUACGCAGGUGUACUACACCACAGCAGAACCCCGCUCAGAAAUAUCUGUACAGCCUGUGACAGUGACUCAAGAUAAUCUUAGCUGCCAGAGCCCAGAAAGCACAAGCUCGACGAGGGAUUUGCUUUCCCAAUUUUCAGACUCCAGUAUGCAUUGCCUUGAGCCACCCUGUACAAAGUGGACACUCUCAACUUUUGCAGAAAAACAUUACGCUCCAUUCCUCCUGAAACCAAAAGCUAAGAUUGUGGUUAUUUUUCUUUUCCUGGGUUUACUUGGGCUCAGCCUUUAUGGAACUACCCGGGUAAGAGAUGGACUAGAUCUCACAGACAUUGUACCACGGGAGACACGGGAAUAUGACUUUAUUGCCGCACAAUUCAAGUACUUUUCAUUCUACAACAUGUACAUUGUGACACAGAAAGCAGACUAUCCAAAUGUCCAGCACUUACUUUAUGAACUUCACAAAAGUUUCAGCAAUGUGACAUAUGUUUUGUUGGAAGAGGAUAGGCAGCUUCCCAAAAUGUGGUUGCACUACUUUCGAGACUGGCUGCAAGGACUUCAGGAUGCAUUUGACAGCGACUGGGAAACUGGGAAGAUCACUUACAACAAUUAUAAAAAUGGAUCUGAUGAUGCUGUUCUGGCUUACAAACUCUUGGUACAAACAGGCAACAGAGCAAAGCCCAUUGACAUCAGCCAGUUGACUAAACAGCGUCUGGUGGAUGCAGAUGGAAUCAUUAACCCAAAUGCUUUCUACAUCUACCUGACAGCCUGGGUUAGCAAUGACCCUGUGGCCUAUGCUGCCUCUCAAGCCAACAUCCGGCCUCACCGCCCAGAAUGGGUCCAUGACAAAGCAGACUAUAUGCCAGAAACAAGGCUGAGAAUUCCAGCAGCUGAGCCCAUAGAAUACGCUCAAUUUCCUUUCUACCUCAAUGGAUUGCGUGAAACUUCUGACUUUGUGGAAGCUAUCGAGAAAGUGAGAGCUAUCUGUAGUAACUACACCAGUCUGGGGAUCGCCAGCUACCCAAAUGGUUACCCGUUUCUAUUCUGGGAGCAGUACAUUGGGCUUCGCCACUGGCUCCUCUUAUCCAUUAGCGUGGUUUUGGCUUGCACGUUUCUGGUGUGUGCCCUCUUCCUCCUAAACCCCUGGACGGCUGGGAUCAUUGUGGUGGUGCUGGCUCUGAUGACUGUGGAGCUGUUCGGCAUGAUGGGUCUAAUUGGAAUAAAACUGAGUGCAGUGCCUGUGGUUAUCCUGAUUGCUUCCGUUGGGAUUGGUGUGGAAUUCACAGUUCAUGUUGCUUUGGCAUUUUUAACUGCCAUAGGAGACAAGAACCAUAGGGCUGUCCUUGCCCUGGAACAUAUGUUUGCACCAGUGCUGGAUGGAGCUGUGUCCACGCUGCUUGGAGUGUUAAUGCUCGCAGGAUCAGAGUUUGAUUUUAUUGUCAGGUAUUUCUUUGCUGUUUUGGCAAUCUUAACCAUUCUGGGAGUUCUCAAUGGAUUGGUGCUGCUUCCUGUUCUUCUUUCAUUCUUUGGACCAUACCCUGAGGUUUCACCAGCCAAUGGACGAAACAGAUUACCCACACCAUCUCCUGAGCCACCCCCCAGCAUCGUGAGGUUUGCUCUGCCACCUGGGCACACAAAUAAUGGAUCAGAUUCCUCUGACUCAGAGUACAGCUCCCAAACCACGGUGUCAGGCAUCAGUGAAGAGCUCCAUCAUUAUGAGGCUACCCAAGGUCCCGGGGCACCGGUCCAUCAAGUAGUAGUGGAAGCCACUGAGAAUCCCGUCUUUGCAAGAUCCACUGUGGUUCAGCCAGAGACGAGGCACCAGUCAAGUCCCAGAUUACAAUCAAAUCCAGAGGCCAGCACACAGCAGGCGUGGCGUCAGGGCAGACAACCCAAACGGGAAGUGAGGGAAGGGCUGCGACCACCUCCUUACCGCCCUCGCAGGGACGCUUUUGAAAUUUCUACUGAAGGGCAUUCAGGACCCAGCAAUAGGGAUCGCGUGGGCCACCGGGCUCGUUCUCAUAACAUGAGAAGCCCAGUGUUCGGUGCCAUGGGCACCUCGGGACCAGCGUACUGCCAGCCUAUCACUACUGUGACUGCCUCAGCUUCAGUGACUGUCGCUGUCCACCCUGCUGUGCACAGCCACAGCUCUCGGGGAGGAAGCUUUCCGUCCUACGAGGGAUACCAUGAAGCUGACCAUGGGAUGUUUGAGGACCCCCAUGUGCCUUUUAAUGUGCGGUGUGAAAGAAGAAAUUCUAAAGUAGAAGUUAUAGAGCUUCAAGAUGUCGAAUGUGAGGAAAGGACAGCUGGCAAAAGCUCAGUGUAAAGAGGGUGAUAACUGAAGCAAAGAAGAGGCCAAAGAUGGAAAACUGUAUUUCCAGAACUGCUUGAAGAGAAGAACUGCUUGAAGUUAUAGAAAAGGACAUGCUGCAUCAGGACAACAGUUCACUGUUACUGUAACCUAUUGUAUUAUUUUGUUAAAUAUUUCUUUAAGUAUUUAAAAGAUGUACACAUAUGUAAUAUACAAAAAAUCAAUGUAAAGUAGUAUAAUCUGGAGUCAUUUGCCUUCAGACAAUAGAGUGGGGACAUUUUUGUUUGUGCUCUGUACUUAUUGUACAUUGAUCUCUGUGCCACAACUAAGCUUAAUCUAGUUCUAAAUUUCAGCAUAAGUUGCUGCUGCUUAAAUAUUGUAUAAUUUACUUGUAUAAUUCUAUGCAAAUAUUGCUUAUGUAAUAGGAUUUUUUUUGUAAAGGUACAUGUCUGUUUAAAAUAUUUUAAGUUUGCAUAUCACAACCCUGUGGUAGUAUGAAAUGUUACUGUUAACUUUCAAACACGCUAUGCGUGGUAAUUCUUUAAAAUAAGCAGAUAUGAAGAAAAGCACGUUAAUCUUGGAGGCUUAAAUAGAUUUAGCUAUGUGCAGGUUUUGUUUUGCUGUGUGUAUCCACGUGUGCAUCUGGAAUUAUGCAUGCCUGUGCAUGUGUGUUCCUGAUGCACUGUAGUUUCUCUUAUACUGUAUGGUAACCUUUAGUGGGCUUGUAAACCCGCUAAUGCUGAUGUGAGUCUGCCUUUCCCUCUUAGCAGGCAGUACUGAAAACUGCGUUGUUUACCAACAUGUACCAUAGACUGCCAUCAACAAAGGCCCAAGAUAAAAUAGAAGAGAAGACAGGGAGUCAGGGUGUUGGUGUUGUGGUUCUGUUUCCCACACUGUUGAUGACCUGGUUCACGAGACUUUGGUCAAGUCACUUAACUGCCCUGUGCCUCAGUUUCUCGUUCUGUAAAAUGGGUAUAAUUAUACUUACCUACCUCCAGGAGAGUUGUGAGGCUUAAUUACUGUUCGUGAAGUGCUUUGAUACUUUUUUAAAAGGUGCCAGGUAAGUGCAAAAACUAUAUUAUUUUGUCACUUCCAGAGGUGCUGGAUAUUGAGAGGUGCUGGUGGUUACAGAAAUUCAAUGAGCAUAUGCCGUAUUUUGAUGCUGUUAAUAACUAUGAGUGGCAUUACAAGCUGAAUAAUCGAGUUGUCUGAUGGUGAGCCACAGCUCAGCUUUGUCCUUAUAGCAUUCAAAGCAGUAUCUUCUGUCACCUUAUUUUCAUGGCAGGAAAGAAGUUAAUAGUAAGUGAUAAAAAUCAAAUGGAAGGAUAAAUAUAUAUAUAUAUAUAUAUAUAAAACUUCUGUUUUCACUUAUUAAGUAUAAAUGGCUUUCUAUUGGGUCCAGGACUGUAAUUAAUGACACACAAGACCUGGGGUGUUAUUUUCUCUGUUGUUUGUAUUUUCCCAUGCUGCAUUGGCACUUUUAAUUAAAACAGCUAAAUGGGGAUCUCUUUGCAAAACUAAUUUAGCUUUUUGUAUUAUUAUUUUUUAACUAAAGAUGGAUUGCUGCAGGUGAAGGGUCUGAAAAAAAAACAACACAACAAUAUGUGUUCUGGUUGGAAACAAACCCUAAGUAUGGAGAACCUUAGAUUAAAAUACUAGAAGAAAAGCUUUCAUUAUCUCUGUCCUCUGCUUACUCCAUUAUUUUUUUCUGCCCUUCUACAAGUUGUUUUUUAGAGCAGGUAGAAGUGCAAAUGUGUGUUCGGAGCCAAGUAAACACAGCCAAUAUUCAGUUUCUAAAUACAGCACUGGUGAGGCUUUUCUUCAAGCCCGAUGCCGGAAGGGCAGUGGCUGGUUCUUUGAUGGGAAAGGGUAUUUCUCCAGUGGCUUCAGGGAGUCUAUCUUUGCCCACAGACCUUCCUAGCGCAGCAAAUGGGGAUAACUAGAAUGCACAAAUUUCCAUGCCUUUUUUUUUUGCUCACUUGAAAACACUUUGAUAUGAGGCACUUGUUUACAGAUCUCCAAUGUGAACGCUCGAAGAGCAGGUGAGAGCCUGGUAUUGUUCCCGCGAUACAUAAGCUACUGUUUCAACGUACACUAAGGGUUAAUGUCGCAACUGCCUACUGGUCCAGUUCACUGUCUUAGCAUGAAAACUCUUAAUGGCAAAAAGACGAGGGGCCCCAGUUUAGCACUAGCAGCAUAGUGACCUCAGAUCAUGAAAACUCUGCAACAAAACUGUAUGAUACUAAUUGGAAGCUACCUUCAACUGCCAAGUGCGCGCGCUCCUGUGUCAGAGGUCAGCAGGGCUCCCUCCCACUGACGCUGCCGCCGGCAUGGCCGCAGCAGGCCGCCUCGCCUCGCCUUCCUCCCUCCCUCCUCUUCCUCUGAGGCGGUGGUGGCGAGAGCCUCAGCAUCUCCCACCCCCCCGUGGGUGAGCUGUCUGCUGCUUCGUGCACGGUGUGCGCCGCCUCCUCCAGUAGUCACAUUGGCCAAGGUUGAACUCAGUGGCUGGCAACAUUUGUUCUGUUUUGGCUUUGUCUUAAACUUUUUUAAUCAUGGGUGAUAUUUAUAUUUUUGUAUCAUAAGAAUGUUUUCUUACAGUAUUUGUCAUGCCAGUUUAUAACAAACAAAAUGCAGGGAUUUUAUUUCUAUUGGAAACACUAUUACAGCUAUGUUUUUACUUUUUAAUGGAUUUUUAUUUGUAUAGAGUGCUUACUAAUGUUAAAUAGGAAAGAGUAUAUAACAUUUACAUUAAGGACUCGUCGUAGCUUUUAGCGUUAAGGAGUUAAAAGGAAAAAAAAAAAUAUUCAAACUGGGUCUCAUUGCCUGCCUGUUUUGGUAGGAGUGGGUUUGUGUCAUUUCAGUUACAAAGAUAAAAUUAUGCCAUAUAAUUUAUUUAUAUGAAAAUUUAUUUUUGUAGUGUACAUAGUAGUCAUCAAGUCUUUUGACAGAAGUAUAUUUUUAAAGAGUUAUAUGUAAUGAUGAUACCAUUAUGUUUUGGAACACUGCUGAGAUGUGAUUACGGUGCACACUUUUCCUUGUAAACCCCCUGGCAGAAAAGAAAGUGUUUAACAGUGUUAAGAGAGAAAGAGAGUGUGAAUAUUCAUACAAUUCUGAACUGUGUUUUAGUUACCAUUUGUGAUCUAGUGUGGUUCUCAUUUUAAACUUUGAAUGGAAAUUUUACAAACUCUCUAAAUAUUAAUGUUCAAACACUGAUAGAAAUUCUAACAUGAAUAAAAAAUAUUAUAACUUA